CACCCGGAAGCAAAAUAACACUUUUCAACGAAGAACAUAUUUUCUUUGAGGCGGGGUACAUUUGAACAAGAAAAUCAUUAAUUUUCAGUCUGAAGCAGACAUUAUUCCAACAACAACAACAACUGUAAAAGUUGCUUUCGAAUGAAUCCGGCGUGGGAGCUAACCCCGUACUGGGUGACACCUGUUGCAAGUGUUUUGUCCAGAUGCGUCGCCACAGGCGUCUUGUCCCAGGCUGACCUGGACACUGUCCCCAAGGAACCCCAUGUAUUCUCCACACAUCUCCAAGAGGCAGAACAGCUCAUCUCAAUGGAACGAGAGCUUGACAAAGUGAAUCUAGAGACAGAGUUAUUGAAGUUGGAGAAGGAAAGUGCAGAUGUCACUCACAAAUUUUACCUGAGCCAGAGGUUCUCUGCCCUGCAGGAGUUCACCAGCCACCUGCAGGAUGUGCUGAGGGAGCAGGCCAGUCUCCGGCAGAGACUGAUGAAGCCACUCUGCCAAACCAACCUACCUGUAGAGGCUGACCUCCACAGGUAUGUGGUGGAAGUCAUCAAGAUGGUGGUGGACUUCAUUGGGAAUCUUGAGACGAGCAUGAACAUUGUGCGGACCAUUCCCACUGUUGAUGACUCCAUGAACAAACUGAACAAUGGUUUAGCCCAACUCUUGGCCCAGGUAGCGGAGGUAGAGAAGCUUUCAAAACAGAUCCUCCAGUGGAGGACACACCACAGCAGCUUCAUCAGUGACACCAGCGCCACCUGACAACACAGCCACGCACAGAGCCUGCUGAAAGGCUACAGUCAAACCUCUUCACUCCCUCAUAAUGGCUGUGUUUGCAUGAGAAUAGGAUUAUGUGCCUGAUGGUCAUUCUUCGUCAACGUGUUUCCGAAAUAUGUCAUGGGGUCAUGUUUGCCUUGAAAACAAUGUUCUAAUAAGUUUAUACCUAGAAGUUCUAGAACUCUUUAGAAGUUAUAUUGCACAUCAUUUUAUGUAAGAAAUUGACAGUUCUUAUAUCAUUUACAAAUACAAUAACAAAGUACAUAUACUUCAUGAGUUAUAUUGGAUGUUAUCUCCUCCUUUCUCUAGUGGUGACAUGUCACAUGAUGUAGCAAGAUCUUGUUGAUUGACAGGUAAGGAGGAUUCUGGGACAGGGCUGCACUCAAGAGAACCCUGUUAGGAUUAGGAAGUGCUGUUAUGUUUCCUGUAACUGAAUUAUGUGUAAAUAUAUUUGUUAAUUGUUGUUUGUUAUUUUUUAUACAAAAUCAAUGUAGUAAUGAAUUGGCUUUUUGGUAUAAUGCAUUGCCUGUCAAUAAGUGAUAUUUCUUUUCUAUAACUGUUGAUUGCCAUGUUCUCUUUGACAAAUAUGUGCUAAUAAAUGGAUAAUACAUUUA